AUGGCAAAGUCAGCCCAUGUUAAACUUGAAGCAGAAGUGAGCACUGCGGCGGAAAAGGAGCGAAAAAAACGGUUUCAUUUGGAAAGAACAAAGGGGCGAUUGAAGUACGAGGUGCUGCAAAACCCAAAUGAACUUUCUUGCUGUGUUAAACUUAACCGGAUUCCGUAUGGUUUUUUCGAGGAGGAACUGGCAAAGUAUUUCGAACAAUUUGGUAUUGUCGUGCGCGUUCGAGUUGCUAGGAAUAAAAAGGCACAGCUGUUUACUUUACUUUCUAUUAUCUUCUACACCUAA